AUGGAAUCAAUCUCUUCGCGUUUGACUUCGUUCGAUGAACGCAUCACGUCCUUGGAAACGCGCUUCAGUGACAAUAUCGACACAAAUCAAAACAAUGAGUUAGUGAUCGAAGUGGAAAAACUGAAGUGUCAAAUAAAUGAGCGCGAUCAGGAGUUACUCAUCAAUGACCUUGAGAUCACAGGGAUUCCUGAGACAACAAAUGAGAAUAAACUACACCUGAUAACACUUAUAGGUCAAAAGGUCGGAGUGGCUGUAUCGGAGCAUGACGUGAUGAGUGUAACCCGGGUCGGUGUUCGUCGUGCGGUCCCAGCUCAGACAAUACAAAGUGGAGCGAACUCCCCAGACGAGUCCAGCAGCCUGUGCGAGGCGACCCCCCACGUGAGGGGCGCGCAGGUACCAGGAGCGGCAGCCCCCCCCCCUGAAAGCGGCAGUACUUCGAGCGUUACUAUGACGUCGCGGCCUCUGGUCGUGCGGUUCGUGCGGCGUGAUCAGCGGGACCAGCUGCUCCGAGCAGCUCGCGUCCGACGUGUCAUCGAUACGACGGGCCUCGGCUUCACCGGUAAACCGAGUCGAGUCUACAUUAACGAGCGUCUCACAGCUGCAAACCGGCAACUGUUUUAUAAAACUCGAAUGGAAGCCCGGCGCCUGCAGUGGCGAGCCCCCUGGACGACUCGUGGUAACAUCUUUGUUCGACGCGAUGCUGAACAUUCCGCGAUAAAAAUCAGGUCUGAAGCCGACAUAGGUAGGGUUUUUAGGAACGAAUAA